UCCUGCUUUAUUUUCCCCAGUGCUAGCAAUCUGAGUCAGAGUCAUCAAGUUGUGAUAGGCUAGUACACAAUCUAUAAUUAGAAAUAUUCCGAAAUACACACACAUUGACACAUUUGUAGCUUGCGAUUUAUCACAAUCAAUUCGUCAGUUUUCGUUGAUACUCAAAACGAACCACCUGGAGGUAUUUUAGUUAUCAAUCAUGAGUUUGCUAAAGAAACUUUUUGGUGAUGGAAAGAAGGAGAAAACGCCAACGCCUCAAGAAGGAAUACAGAGGCUUCGUGAGGUAGAGGAGAUGUUGAUGAAGAAGUCGGACUUUUUGGAAAAGAAGAUCGACGCAGAAAUUGCUACAGCGAAGAAAAAUGGUACAAGGAACAAAAGAGUGGCCAUCCAGGCUCUGAAGAGAAAGAAGAGAUAUGACAAGCAGCUUCAGCAGAUUGAUGGUACCCUGUCCACUAUUGAAUUCCAAAGGGAAGCCCUGGAAAAUGCAAGUACAAAUACAGAAGUACUCAAAGUUAUGGGAGUUGCGGCCCGUGCCCUUAAGGGUGCUCACAAUAAUCUGGACGUCGACCAGGUUCAUGACCUCAUGGAUGAUGUUGCAGAGCAACAAGAGGUGGCAAAUGAAAUCUCAGAGGCUAUUUCUAAUCCUGUUGGUUUUGGUCAGGACAUGGAUGAGGAUGAUUUGCUGGCAGAGCUGGAGGAACUGGAACAGGAGGAUCUCGACCGGCAGCUUUUGGAUGUGGGAGGCACCGAAGACUUACCCAGCGUACCCACGGCCGAGCCCACUGAACCACGCCCUGCUCCAAAAGCGCGUGCCAAGGAGGAGGAUGAUGACAUGAGAGAGCUGGAGAUGUGGGCUUCCUAAGCAACAGCAGCUCUACGCCUAUAUUUGACCUACUGUGCAGUGUUAUUCUCGGCUAUCACUGGUAUUGUCAGAGGACUUUCUUGCAGAUCACUGGUUUGUGGUGAUUUAUGUUCAUGUUGUACUUUUUGUGGAAUAGUAAACUAUAUUCCUGAUUGUGACUUUUGAUUAAAAACUACUGACCGUGAAGAGUGAAAGUCCUUUGAAAUUACUCUGAAGUCAGGGGCUGCUCUAGAAGGUAAAAGUGUAUAUAUAAUGUCAUAUUUUUUUCUUAUGUAAGUAGCUGAAUCAGCUUGCAGUACAACACAAUUAAAUCAGUGAAAAAGCACAGAAGUACACGUCUAACAUAAUCUCAUUUUAUCUUGAAGAUUUGUCUAUACUUUCCCCAUUAAAAGAAAAAUUAGUAGUGAUCUCUUUCAGUAUUAGUAUUCUGGCCUCAAUAUAGAUCAGAUUGUAAUGUGUGUUUUGUUUUGCUACUUUUAUUUUCAAUAAGAUUUGCCAUUGCAUACUUAGAUGAAAAGUUGGGAGUCUUUUAAAACGUUAUUUGUUGUAAGGAAGCUAAAAAAGUUUUGUUUUUCGUGCCACUUUCUGCAUCACUGUUUUAAUCUUACUGAAGCGGAGAUCAAAACACUUUGAGAGUUUUAUAUUUGAAUAGGUAUAUUUUGUUUUUCUUUGAAUGAAGGCACAUGUUAAUAAUGCAGGGCUACCCCUUAUUCCCUUUGAAAUGAGGGACUGUGGAAGUAACAUUUUUGUCUUCUUUUAAUAAUGGGUUGUGUUCAGUAUACAUGUUAGGAUUGUGAUCAGAAAGCUAAUGAAGAUUGGUGCAGUUUACCAUUCAUGUGAAUGCAGAAUGAGAAAUAAGAAAUUAGUAUAUAAGUUUGAAUAAGUUCAAUGUUUUACUGUUUUUUAGUACUAUUAUGCAAGAAAUGAGAAAUUAUUUUUUAGUUUGGGUUGAGGAAAUAAUUUAUUUUACUUUUAAAAAAAUGCAGCUUAUUGAAUGAUACUCGGUUGGACUUGAAUACUAAGUCACUUAACAUUAACAUGUACAUUUGAUAUGUUUUGGUAAGCUUUUGCUUUUCUCCUGUAUGCAAAUUGUUUUUGUUUUGUCAUAACUGUUAAGAGUCAUCUUCAAAGUCUUUUGUGCUUCUCUUUGUCUCAAGUCAUCAUGUAUGUAAUGAUAUAUAUAUAUGGUGUGGGACUGUAAGAUAAUGCACAUAUGGCAUUUCAUAUAUGAAUGUUGUCUUUUUCUUGCAAACAUGUUUCAUGUAAUAAUAAGGAAACUGUGUUAAAGGUGCCUGUAACUUUUUCUUCUAUUCAAGUCUUCAUUUUUUUAUAUGGAUGAAAUAGUUCUGUAAGUUAGGACCUAGCAGCAUGAUCCUUCCAUAAGUUGUAAAUUUGCGUCCGCAUGCUAUUUGAUUUAGUAUUAUUGGUUAGGGAAGACGGAACACAGGACAAAUAUUGUGAGCAUCCUAAAGGGAAGUUAAUGGUACUUUUCUUUGAGGUAAACUUGAUUAUCUUCCUUACAUCUGGAGACACGAUGUUGUUGUUCUUUGAGAGUUCGCCGGGGCGGGGGCAGAUGUUAAUCUAUCUUUAUUUAGAAGGGUUUGGAAGAAUUGUUUAAAAUUUCUAGUCUGUGAGAAAGUGUGUGGCUAAAAUAGUUUAAGGAAGGUUUUCUGGUAUGUUGCCCGUUUUUGUUGUUUUGAAGAAUGAUUCUGCAAUAUGAUGUGAUGAAAUGCACUUUGGUCUCAGUGAAUUUUCUUAAGUAAAUUUCCAAAGUUCUGACUUGAUAACAUUUACUGUCAUCUCUUUGAAAUAAUGACAUAGUGCAUGAAGUUAGGGGUAGUCCUGUCUUCUUUCACUGAAGUCAUAGUGUGACUUUAACUUUUACUUUUACUGUCAUCCACAUCACUUGAUAUAUACGUACAUAUUAUUUUUAUUAUAUAUAUAUAUUUUUUUUAGUUUAUUACUUUUAUCUUUUUGGGUCAGGAAAGCUUGGUUGGGUUCACAGUCAGAUGUAUAAAUUCUUUGGGGCUUUUGGUGUUAAAGCAAUGGCCUUAGUUAUGCAAUCAUUGUAUUUGCACAGCUAUGUUCAAUACAAAGUCUAUCUUGUUGGAAUAAAUUUACUGAUCUGGCUGCAGCUUUUUAUUACCUCAUAUAUUCACCACCAGUCUCUGCAGGUACUUGGUGCAUAUAGUUCUGUCUAUAUAGUAUUUGUUAUUUAUCUUUUUUUAAUUUCAUGUGAGGAUACGGUACAAAGCAUGGUUGGUGGUGCUUUGACAAUGAUUUAUUUCCGUUUGUUUAUCACCUCCAUAAUGAGUGUUAUCAAACGCAUAGCUUGAGCAGUCUCUGAUAUAUACAACAAGUGAGGCAAAUGAGUGUUGGCGUACAAUUGUGAUAUUUGAAAUGUUUCCUUUUAUUAUUUGUGGAAUGUUUUUGAAAGCAGCGACUGAUCAUGUUAUGAAGAUUGAUUGUGUGAGGGAAAUUUUGUGCAUUAAUUAUGAUGUAGAAAUACUUUGGGGGCUUUGACCUUAAUUGUCCCUUAGACCGUUUGUAUUUCAAAUUUGAAGACCAGCCAAUCUUCAGCUUUGGACAUGUCAAAUGUUACUGAAUUUGAUAGUAAUUGAAAUGUUGCAGUGUCGGAGGAUAGACAGAAUUUUUGUCUCUGAGGUUAAAAUUUGUCUUUUUAGGAGCAGAUGAGGCUUUUCUUAUCUUGUUAAGGAAGAACAAUUUGUUUCUCCGGUGUUGUAAAAAUUUUCAAGACUUUUACACAUCUAGAUGAGUUUAAGGCUAACAAUAAAUCAUUGAUGACAUAUCUUGUUGUCGUGAAAGUCGAUGUUGUGAUGAGAGAAUGUUCAGUGCAAGUGUUUGCCAGUAAUGAUUUAAUAAACAUUUUCCCCCUCUGCUCAUA